AUGACGACCAAAGCAUCUUCAACUGCCAAGACACAUCAGCCCAAUUCAACAAAAGCAAACCACAGAGGAGCGGCCACGACAACUACUGUAGCAGCAGCAGCAGCAGUGCCUUUACAUGGUAACACCACCACGGGGUUAAUGACGCCGACGUCUCCGCCGUAUCCACCUUAUGCUGGCGGUGCUGGAGGUUUUGUGGAUCCUGCUCAACUACGACCUGGCAAUGGUUACGAUGAUGCACCAGCAGCACAGGCACAGGCACAGGCACAAGCACAGGUACAAGCAGCACAAGCAGCCGCAGCAGCUCACUACCAUCACCACCAAGCAGCGGCAGCAGCGGCAUACAUGUACCCACUGAGCCCGCAGUUCCAGUACUAUUCGGACGGUGGCAGCAGUUACCCAGGCUCGCCGGCCAUACAUCCACAAUCGCCUGCCAUCAGUCCGACAAGUCCGCCCUUUAGUCCGCCUCUAUUGUCACCGCCUAUGCAUCCUGCUUACAUGAUCCAUCAUCACCACCACCCGCACCAUCAUCAUCAGCACCAUCAACAGCAUUUCCCGCCACUUCACAUCUCGUCGCCGAUCUUGACGGGCAUUCCUGGAUCGCCUCCUGCUCCACCAUUACCAUCCUCUGUUGCUGGCGGUGGUAAUGCUGCUGCUGCUCCGCCGCUCCCGCCACAUGGUUAUCUUCCUGCCCUUUUUGACAGCCACCAGCACCACAAGCGUCAUCAUUCGCAUGAUCAGGAGGAUCACCAUUAUCACACCCACAACAUCUAUGUCCGUGGUCUAGCUGAAAAUGUCACUGAUGAAUCGUUCGAAGACUUGUGCAGAUCUUACGGCAAUAUCAUCUCAUCCAAGGCUAUCCUUGAUCAAAAGUCGGGACAGUGUAAAGGUUAUGGUUUCGCAAUGUACGAAAAGGAGAAUGAUUGUCACCAGGCGAUCGAGGAUUUGAAUAGACGGGGAUUGCAGGCAUCGUUUGCCAGAGUGGGACAGGAGUCAUUCAGCUCGCGUUUACGGAGUUUGCAGGAUGAAACGUCGACAAAUAUUUACAUCUCCAACCUUCCGCUUGAUAUGACCGAGCAGAAACUGGAAAUGCUGUUCCAUCCGUGCCAAACUGUAUCGAACCGUAUCCUACGCGACCCGCAGUCCAAUCUGAGCCGAGGCGUUGGCUUUGCACGCUUAGCAGACCGUUCGUCAGCACUCGCCAUCAUCGAGAAGUUCAACGGACAAACAGUCGCCGGUUCAUCAGCGCCACUACAAGUGCGCUUUGCGGACUCACCAGCCCAAAAGAAGCUAAAGAAUCAGACUGCACGUAAGAAGAUGUUCAGACCACCGCGCGACUUUCAACCGAUGGCUGCUGGAUUUCCUCCUCCAUUGGGCGUCGCUGUCUCGGCUGCCACUGGAAGACCCAUGCCCAUUACUCCUGAAGACAUGCUCGGUAUUGCAACACCGGUGAUGACGACAACGGAAAACAACGGCAAUAGCACUAAUACGGCGAAUGGAUCAUCUUCGCCGCCACCACCAGUAGCAGCAGCCACGGCAACACAGCAACACAGCAACAAUGAUAGACAAGCAGUUGAAACCAACAAAGCCAUGACUGAAAAGGAUAGCGCCGUCGCAGAACUGAUAUCCGAAACAGAACAACUCACUGUGUCAUAA